UCGUGUGCAUCUACCAAUUCUGCCCUAUCAGUCAAAAUUGCACUACAUGCCCCACAGGCGUCUUUCCUCUUCCCUCCACGUAACCCCUCGUCCUUUCUAUUCAGGUCCCACGCGUUACCUAAAAGGGCCAAGAGUUAGAUCGUUCCCUGCACCCUCUCCACAACCACCGCGAGCGACUAGAAUGCCUGGCCCCGCCGUCAGAAGCCUAUGCCUCUCUCCACGGUCCACAUGAGCCGCGCGCACCACGCCCUUCCGCGUGCCCCGAGACUCGGAGCCGCUCAUCGCGCUCGCCACGCGCCGGCCGCCGGCUCAUCCCCGCCGUCCACGUCCAGGCCCGCGAGAUCCACGUCCGGAUACGGCUCCCGCCCUCGCUGUCACGUAUCCAGUCCAUCUACGGGCAAUCGGACGGCCACGGAGCGUUGUCUAACCUCUUUCCCCCCGUGGCCGCGCGUAUUAGAGGCGGCUCGCCGUCCCUGGCCCCCAGUUUCUUUUUGUUCUCUCCGGCGAGGGAAAUGAGCAGCGAGACGAGCAAGCGAGAUCAUGCACGGGAGCUCCUCGCCGCCGACAGGAAGUUGAUGACCGUGGCCCGCACAGCGCGACGACGCCGGCUCGAGGUCCGGCGGCUGGGACGUACUGCGUCUGCGGCUGCAGAGGACGAGGGCGCGAAGCGGGUGCGGCCGGCGCCGGACAGCUCCUCGGACUCGUCUGACUCCGCGAAGGUGGCGCCGGAGCCCCCCUUGGCGGCGUCUAGGUGCUCGGCGUGCGUGUCGCACGGGGCGGUGUCCGUGAUCGGGCGCCGGCGGGAGAUGGAGGACGCGGUGGCCGUCGCCGCGCCGUUCCUGGCCGAUACGGCGGCGGUGGAGGGGAGCGGCGACGUGGAGCACGGGGCAGGGGAAGAGGGCUUCUUCGCUGUGUACGACGGGCACGGCGGGUCCCGCGUGGCGGAGGCGUGCCGGUCGCGGAUGCACCUGGUGCUCGCAGAGGAGGUGCGGCUUCGUCGUCCGCGGCCUGAGGGCGGAGGGCAGGGUCGGGCCGUGGACAACGAGGCAGACGGCGCGCGGUGGAAGGAGGCCAUGACGGCCUGCUUCGCCCGGGUGGACGGCGAGGUCGGCGUCGACGACGGGACCGACACCGGCGAGCAGACGGUGGGCUCCACCGCCGUAGUGGCCGUGGUGGGCCCGCGCCGCAUCGUCGUCGCGAACUGCGGCGACUCCCGCGCCGUGCUCUCCCGCGGCGGCGUCCCCGUGCCGCUCUCCUCCGACCACAAGCCAGACCGACCUGACGAGAUGGAAAGAGUAGAAGCAGCUGGUGGCAAGGUCAUUAACUGGAAUGGAUACCGUAUCCUGGGAGUGCUCGCAACUUCUAGGUCAAUAGGAGACUAUUACCUGAAACCAUAUGUGAUAGCGGAACCAGAAGUUACCGUCAUGGACCGGACAGACAAAGAUGAGUUCCUCAUACUAGCAAGCGACGGCCUGUGGGAUGUCGUGUCCAAUGACGUCGCCUGCAAGAUCGCGAGAAAUUGCCUAAGUGGGCGUGCGGCCUCCAAGUACCCCGAGUCUGUCUCCGGGAGCACGGCGGCCGACGCCGCAGCACUGCUGGUGGAGCUCGCCAUGGCACGCGGCAGCAAGGACAACAUCAGCGUCGUUGUCGUCGAGUUGCGGCGACUGAAGAGUAGGGCAGCGGCGGUGAUCAAAGACAACCGCAGCUAGUACUAGCACUAGUGGUAAUGUAGGAGUGGCUGGCUGGAUGGGGAUGUCACAUUAUUCGAGCAGGGCGACAAGGAGAGAAGAGAGAAAGAAUUUGCGGCUGAAUUCGCUGGGAUGGUUGUAGUUUUAGAGGGCCCAGGGACGAUGUGACCACUGUUGAGUUGAGUGUGCUGUUUGUCGCCGUUGUAUUGCGUUGCGUUGGUUCUUUGGUUCUUCUAUAUGCUGAUGACUGACGUUCGGGGCGAAACGGCAAGAAAGAUAAGCUGCUUUCGUCAGUUCUGAUUUGAUCA